CACUGGGCGGGCCCUGGGCCUUGCCCCAAGCCCCGCCUGCCUCCUCAUGCACUCCCUGUGGCUCCCUGGGGCAGAACUGUGCCCAGAUCGGUGGGGCGGGGCCCAGCGGCCCCGACUUCUUCUUCAGCCUUUUCUGUCCCUUUCAGUGGGGCCAGCAGGCUGCAGUGAAGAGGGUGCCCUUUACCUUGAGCCCCUCUACCCAGGCUCCCUCUUCCCAGCCCCGGCCAACUGAGUCUGGACCCAGCUUCCCUUAUCCCCACUUCUGAAUCCUGCCGUGUCCUGACCUUCCCGCCUGGUCUGAGUAGGGUCAUGGCCUUGAGGGCAGGUGACCACAGCCAGGUUGCAAUGAACGGGCUGAAGGAGAAGGUGCUGACGCUGGACACCAUGAACCCGUGUGUUCGGAGGGUGGAGUACGCAGUACGUGGUCCCAUUGUGCUGCGUGCCCUGGAGCUGGAGCAGGAACUGCGCCAGGGGGUAAAGAAGCCCUUCACUGAGGUCAUCCGCGCCAACAUCGGGGACGCACAGGCCAUGGGGCAGAAGCCCAUCACCUUCCUGCGUCAGGUCCUGGCUCUUUGCGUCCACCCUGACCUCCUGAACAGCCCCGACUUCCCAGAGGAUGCCAAGAGAAAGGCUGAGCGCAUCUUGCAGGCGUGUGGGGGGCACAGCCUGGGGGCCUACAGCGUCAGCUCCGGCAUCCAGCUGAUCCGGGAGGAUGUAGCUCGGUACAUCGAGCGGCGCGACGGAGGCAUUCCCUCAGACCCCAACAACAUCUACCUGUCCACUGGGGCCAGCGACGCCAUCGUGACAGUGCUGAAGUUGCUGGUGGCCGGAGAGGGCCCCACCCGCACAGGUGUGCUCAUCCCCAUCCCUCAGUACCCGCUGUACUCAGCGGCGCUGGCCGAGCUCAACGCUGUGCAGGUGGACUACUACUUGGAUGAGGAGCGGGCUUGGGCACUCGACGUGGCCGAGCUGCGGCGUGCCCUGUGCCAGGCGCGUGGUUAUUGCUGCCCACGCGCACUCUGCAUUAUCAACCCUGGCAACCCCACUGGGCAGGUGCAAGCCCGCGAGUGCAUCGAGGCCGUGAUUCGCUUUGCCUUCGAGGAGCGCCUCUUCCUGAUGGCUGAUGAGGUGUACCAGGACAACGUGUAUGCGGAGGGCUCUCAGUUCCACUCGUUCAAGAAGGUGCUCGCGGAGAUGGGGCCGCCUUACGUGACGCAGCAGGAGCUCGCCUCCUUCCACUCCGUAUCCAAGGGCUACAUGGGCGAGUGCGGGUUCCGCGGUGGCUACGUGGAGGUGGUGAACAUGGACCCCGCCGUACAACAACAGAUGCAGAAACUGAUGAGUGUGCGGCUGUGCCCGCCUGUGCCGGGCCAGGUCCUGCUCAGCAUGGUGGUCAGCCCACCGGCGCCCUCCGACCCCUCCUUCGCGCAGUUCCAGGCGGAGAGGCAGGUGGUGCUGGCCGAGCUGGCGGCGAAGGCGAAGCUCACGGAGCAGGUUUUCAACGAGGCUCCCGGCAUUUGCUGCAACCCGGUGCAGGGCGCCAUGUACUCCUUCCCUCGCGUGCAGCUGCCCCCGCGCGCCGUGCAGCGCGCUCAGGAUGACCAUUCUGCCCCCCAUGGAGAAGCUGCGGCCUCUGCUGGAGAAGCUGAGCCAGUUCCACGCCAAGUUCACCCGAGAGUACUCCUGAGGCGCCCCCUCCCCUCCCUCUUCCGGGCCAGGGUGGGCCGGCACGUCCAACCCUGGACUUACCAUGGCCAGGGCCCUGGGGUCUCUGGAGCCCUCUGGACUUGUUCCUGCUGCCUGUGGGGCUGGGCCCCUGCCUUUCUGCAGGCCCCUAAUAAAGCUGUGAAGCAGCCUGACUACAUGGAAGCCGGCUGUGUGCACACCUGUAUGAGCCUCCCCUGCCUUUGUCCACUCAUGAGUUCCUUUCUGAGCUGGGGCUCUGUGCAGGCCUGGAGACCCAGCCCAGCAGGACAUUUCACAGGGAUCACGCUGAGCUGUGAGAUGGCGCUGGCUGGGUGGAGGGCGGCCCCGGCAGCAGCGGGCUGCAUCGCCCUGGCUGAGACCUUUCACACAGACGUGGCUUUCAGGGCCCUCCGCGGCCCCGGGCUGGGCGAGGGCCGCAGGGACGGGAGGAAGCCGCAGUGCACGGGCACUUAA